AACACAGUUCUGUCAGUUAUCUUCAUUGUGGGAAGGUAUGAAAGAAUUUACAAAUUACUGUGGAAGAUUGUCCUUUUAUUUUGAAGGAUCACGUACUUUGUUUAAAAUGUAACGUCGACAGGCUGAAAUAUUAUCGUGUGAAUUAUCGCCGUCUUUAUACAUACUUUUCCUAAGUCUGCAGACUUGAAAUAAUCCGUUUCUAGAUGAAAGGUUUAAGACGCUUUGGCCCUUCCAUAAGCUCCGCCCCCGAUGACGCAUUUUCCCCCUCUACGUUGCAGUGACGUUAACAUAAAAUACGUUCUAGAAUACCAGUGUGACGUGGGAGAGAAUAAAUACCGCAGCCGGGCAAACGAUUCUCAUUUCGUCUUAGUAGUUAUUGGAGGAAGCAUCAGGUGAUAGCCAUGGCCAGUUUAUUUCGCUAUUUCCAGCCGCGCCAUUUGCUCUGCGCAACCGGACUGGUGGUUGCAGCAGCCGGUACAGCGUACCUUGUGCGGCGACUCCGUAAAAGGGCGGAGCUCCAGGAAGUGCCCAGAGAACCAGAGGAGCCAACCAACCCCUGCACAUCGCCCAGCCCUGCCGUACGCACCGUGGAGCCGCCUUCAUUUCCCUGGUUCGGAAUAGACAUUGGUGGGACCCUUGUAAAAUUAGUCUACUUCGAACCAGAGGAGGAACAGGCAGAAGCGGAGAACCUGAAAAACAUCCGCUCCUGUCUGACCUCUAAUGUGGCUUAUGGCUCCACUAGCAUUCGAGAUGUGCAGCUGGAAGUGAAGGGUCUGGAGCUGUGUGGCCGAAUGGGGAACCUGCAUUUCAUUCGUUUCCCCACCCAAGACCUGACUACCUUCCUGCAAAUGACCCGUGACAAGCAGUUCUCCGGGCUCCAUACCACACUCUGUGCCACAGGUGGUGGAGCCCACAAGUUUGAGGCUGAUUUCCGAACGAUUGCUGGUCUACAGCUCGUGCAACUGGAUGAGUUGGAUUGUGUCAUCCGGGGGGUCCUUUUCAUGAGCUCCAGUGGACCCUCCGAGUGUUUCUAUUUGGAAAAUCCUAACCAUCCAGAGCAGUGCUUCCUCAAACCAUUCCAACUGGAGAACCCUUUCCCAUUCCUACUAGUCAACAUCGGAUCUGGGGUCAGCAUUCUGGCAGUCCAUGGCAGAGACAAUUUUAGACGUGUCACUGGAACAAGUCUUGGUGGAGGAACGUUCCAUGGACUGUGCUGUCUGCUGACGGGUUGCUCCACGUUUGAGGAAGCACUGGAGAUGGCCUCACAUGGGGACAGCACACGGGUGGACAAGCUUGUGCAGGACAUUUAUGGGGGAGACUAUGACAGGUUUGGUCUCCCAGGCUGGACUGUGGCCUCCAGUUUUGGAAACAUGAUUUCCAAGGAGCAGCGCGAUUCGGUGUCCAAAGAAGAUCUGGCCAGAGCAGCAUUAGUUGCCGUCACUAAUAACAUCGGCUCCAUCACCAGGAUGUGUGCCCGGAAUGAGAAUAUAGAGAGAGUGGUGUUUGUGGGCAACUUCCUGAGGGGUAACAUGCUGUCCAUGAAGCUCCUGGCCUACUCAAUGGAGUACUGGUCUGCUGGACAAAUGAAAGCGCUGUUUCUUCAGCAUGAGGGCUACUUUGGCGCUGUCGGGUCACUUCUGGAACUAUUAAAAUCCUCCUGAGCCCAGAAGUUUAAAUAACCAGGGUCACAUGAAAUUCAACCGCCCUCCUGUACCUCUGUAACUACAUCUUUGCCAUGUGAUCAGGAUCACACAUGCACAUAUCACAGAGCUUAAUUUCCAGGUACAAGCUCUGAAACCUCAAACUCACCUGAAAUAUCGCAAGACUCUCCCUCGUCGGCGGUGAGAGGAGCUUCGCUACUGAUCGUUUACGUUACCUGGUGAUGCAGCUCGCUGGACGAGCCUUCUAACCCAGGUUACUAUGCGAUACUUGUUAUUAGUGAAUCCCAUUUAAGUCUCACAUUAACAGACUCACGGGGAUUCACAAUCGAGUUUGGAGGAGCUGAUGGAGAAGAAGAGAAACAGAUCCAAAAAGUUUGUUUUAUAAUAAAAACCUUUAAAAAUA